UCAGGAGCCACCAUGGAACCUAGCAGUGGCCGAAGGGCCGUCGGGACCCCGGGCGGGCGUCUGAAGUGAGGAAGGCGCUGUGCGUUCAGCGCCUCCGGGGACACGCGGGCCGGUGUCCCGGAGUGCCAAGGCCGCCGCCAUGUCGGUGCUGGGCGAGUACGAGCGACACUGCGAUUCCAUCAUCUCGGACUUCGGCAGCGAGUCCGGGGGUGGCGGGGACGCGGGCCCGGGGCCCAGCGCCAGCCCGGGGCCGCGAGCCGGCGGCGGCGCGGCGGAGCAGGAGGAGCUGCACUACGUCCCCAUCCGCGUCCUGGGCCGCGGCGCCUUCGGGGAGGCCACGCUGUACCGCCGCACCGAGGAUGACUCACUGGUUGUGUGGAAGGAAGUUGAUUUGACCCGACUCUCUGAGAAGGAACGUCGUGAUGCCUUGAAUGAGAUUGUUAUUCUGGCACUGCUGCAGCAUGACAACAUUAUUGCCUACUACAAUCACUUCAUGGACAAUACCACCCUGCUGAUUGAGCUUGAAUAUUGUAAUGGAGGAAACCUGUAUGACAAAAUCCUCCGUCAGAAGGACAAAUUAUUUGAUGAAGAGAUGGUGGUGUGGUACCUUUUUCAGAUUGUUUCAGCAGUGAGCUGUAUUCACAAAGCAGGAAUCCUUCAUAGAGAUAUAAAGACCUUAAAUAUUUUUCUGACUAAGGCAAACCUGAUAAAACUUGGAGAUUAUGGCCUAGCAAAGAAACUUAAUUCUGAGUAUUCCAUGGCUGAGACGCUUGUAGGAACACCAUAUUACAUGUCUCCAGAGCUCUGCCAAGGAGUAAAAUACAACUUCAAAUCUGAUAUCUGGGCAGUAGGCUGUGUCAUUUUUGAACUACUUACACUAAAGAGAACUUUUGAUGCUACAAAUCCACUCAACCUGUGUGUGAAGAUUGUGCAAGGAAUUCGGGCCAUGGAAGUUGAUUCCAGUCAAUACUCUUUGGAAUUGAUUCAAAUAGUUCAUGCAUGCCUUGACCAGGAUCCUGAGCAGAGACCCACUGCUGAUGAACUUCUGGAUCGUCCCCUUUUGAGGAAACGCAGGAGAGAGAUGGAGGAAAAAGUCACUCUGCUUAAUGGACCUACAAAGAGACCAAGGUCAAGUACCGUGACUGAAGCACCCAUUGCUGUGGUAACAUCACGAACCAGUGAAGUAUAUGUUUGGGGUGGUGGAAAAUCCACACCCCAGAAAUUGGAUGUCAUCAAAAGUGGCUGUAGUGCUCGGCAGGUGUGCGCCGGGAAUACACAUUUUGCUGUGGUCACAGUGGAGAAGGAACUAUACACCUGGGUGAACAUGCAAGGGGGUACUAAACUCCACGGUCAGCUGGGCCAUGGAGACAAAGCUUCCUAUCGACAACCAAAGCACGUGGAAAAAUUGCAAGGCAAAGCUAUCCGUCAGGUCUCAUGUGGUGAUGAUUUCACUGUCUGUGUGACAGAUGAAGGUCAGCUCUAUGCCUUUGGAUCUGAUUAUUACGGCUGUAUGGGGAUGGACAAAGUUGCUGGCCCUGAAGUUCUGGAACCUAUGCAGCUGAACUUCUUCCUCGACAAUCCGGUGGAACAAGUCUCCUGUGGGGAUAAUCAUGUGGUGGUUCUGACACGGAACAAAGAAGUCUAUUCUUGGGGCUGUGGUGAAUAUGGACGCCUAGGUUUGGAUUCAGAAGAGGAUUAUUGUACACCACAAAAGGUGGAUGUUCCCAAGGCCUUAAUUAUUGUUGCUGUUCAGUGUGGCUGUGAUGGGACCUUUCUGCUGACUCAGUCAGGCAAAGUGCUGGCCUGUGGGCUCAAUGAGUUCAACAAACUGGGUCUGAACCAGUGCAUGUCUGGAAUCAUCAAUCACGAAGCAUACCAUGAAGUUCCUUACACAACUUCCUUUACCCUGGCCAAACAGUUAUCCUUUUAUAAGAUCCGUACCAUUGCCCCAGGCAAGACUCAUACAGCUGCUAUUGAUGAGCGAGGCCGCCUUUUGACCUUUGGCUGCAAUAAGUGUGGACAGCUGGGUGUUGGGAAUUACAAGAAGCGUCUGGGAAUCAACUUAUUGGGUGGACCCCUUGGUGGGAAGCAAGUGAUUCGGGUUUCCUGUGGUGAUGAGUUCACCAUCGCUGCCACAGAUGAUAAUCAUAUUUUUGCCUGGGGCAAUGGUGGUAAUGGACGUCUGGCAAUGACUCCCACUGAAAGACCACAUGGCUCUGAUAUCUGUACCUCAUGGCCUAGGCCUAUUUUUGGAUCUCUGCAUCAUGUUCCAGACCUAUCUUGCCGUGGCUGGCACACCAUUCUCAUUGUUGAGAAAGUACUGAAUUCUAAGACCAUCCGUUCUAAUAGCAGUGGCCUCUCCAUUGGAACUGUGGUCCACAGCUCUAGCCCAGGAGGUGGUGGUGGUGGCGGCGGUGGCGGUGGUGGAGGAGGAGGAGGAGGAGGAGGAGGAGGAGGAGGAGAAGAGGACAGUCGGCAGGAGUCAGAAACUCCUGAUCCAAGUGGAGGCUUCCGAGGAACAAUGGAAGCGGAUCGAGGAAUAGAAGGUUUAAUCAGUCCCACAGAGGCCAUGGGAAACAGUUGUGGGGCCAGCAGCUCCUGUCCUGGCUGGCUUCGAAAGGAGCUGGAAAAUGCAGAAUUCAUUCCCAUGCCUGACAGCCCAAUUCCCCUAAGUACAGGAUUUUCAGAAUCUGAGAAAGAUACGCUACCCUAUGAAGAGCUGCAAGGACUCAAAGUGGCCUCGGAAGUUCCUCCGGAACACAAACCCCAAGUGGGAGUCUGGCCACCUCAGCUGACUCCUGUGGUACCGUGUGCUGGGAAGGGGACACCACUGACUCCUGCCUGUACGUGCAGCGGUCUGCAAGAGGAGGUUGAGAGAUUGCAGGGGCUGGUGUUAAAGUGUCUGGCUGAACAACAGACGCUACAACAAGAAAACCUCCAGAUUUUUACCCAGCUACAGAAGCUAAACAAGAAGUUAGAAGGAGGGCAGCAGGUGGGGAUGCAUUCCAAAGGAACUCAGACAGCAAAAGAAGAAAUGGAAAUGGAUCCAAAGCCUGACCUAGAUUCAGAUUCCUGGUGCCUUCUGGGAACAGAUUCCUGUCGACCCAGCCUCUAGUCUCCUGAGUCUACACAGGAAACUGGGAUCUAAAGAACCUCACAGCACACUUACUGAAUGCAGAGAGCAACUUUCCUGGCUUUGUUCACUUGCAGACAAGGAGCGCAAGGCGGAGGCUCUGAAGCACUUUCCUUGUACAUGUGGAGAGUGGCGUUGCCUUUUAGAUAGGAUCUAGGAGUGAGUUCAUUGUUUUGGAGAAUGGAAGGGACCGGGACCCAGGACCCUGGCUUUGUCAUCAGUGACUGCCAUAGCAACAGCAGCUCUGUACCUCAUCUGUUGAUCCCUCCUUUAAAGAGGAGACACAGUGCUCACCUUAAUUACGCUGAUAGCAGUUCAUAUACCAUUUAUCAUUUUCAGCAUUGAUUGGAAGCUGCCUUGGAAAUUCAGCACCAGGCGUUGCCCCUCCAGGUGGGGGAGGGGAAAGUGUAAAGCUGCUUUGGGCUGGAACCAGGUGUGGCCCUCACGGGUCCUCCAGAAAGUGGUGAAGCAUCUGAGCCCUCUGAGGAGCCCUGAGUCCAGGAAAACUUGUGCAGUGGAGUCAGUCUAGUGUUUGCUUUCAGAAAGUUGGAUUACUUUGUGCAGCUAAACACUUGAAGAGGAAAAGUGGGCUUAGAUUGCUUUCCUCUGAAGAUUGAUUGAAAUGUCAUUAGUGAGGAGAGAAAGGGCAAGUCCCUUCUUAUCACACAGCUAUCUCUUCAGCCUGUGGCUGGUACAGGCAUCCUCUUGGCUCUGGAGGAUGCCUCCAAGGAAGAUGUAUCUGAGAAUUGAGUUAGAGGACAGUAGGUAGGGCUACAGAAGGAAAUUGUAAGGCAAAGGAACUCCUUCAAUGCCUGUACCUUGUGUAUGAGUGAUGCUGAGUUUCUGGGUUGGCUUCUUGUGCCUCAACUCUUAAGGGUCUAAGAUCUCAGCAGCCCUAGCCCUAGCUACUCCCUUUCUGAAUGUCUAUAGUCAG